AUGUGUUCGCAAUCUAAAUCAUUGGGUUAUUCAAGUAGAAUGUGUGCCAUAUUAACGAUAGUUUUCGAAACGAUUAUUCUCACUUCCUCAUGUGUGUUAUGUUUGGAUAAUGGAAUGGCUACCGUACCACCUAUGGGUUGGAUGACAUGGCAACGAUUUCGAUGUCAAAUUGAUUGUCUGAACUACCCAGAAGGUUGUAUCAGUGAGAAAUUGAUUAAACGCACAGCCAAUAGACUAGUAUUAGAUGGUUGGAGAGAUGUGGGUUAUCGUUAUGUAAUAAUAGAUGAUUGUUGGCCAGAAUGGAAACGAGAUUCUAAGACUAAUGAAAUCGUUGCAGAUAAUAAACGAUUUCCUAACGGUAUUAAAAGUGUUGGACAAUAUUUACAUUCUAAAAAUCUACGAUUUGGCAUAUAUCUGGAUUAUGGAACACGAACAUGUGAAGGUUAUCCAGGAAGUAUGAAUUAUUUGGAAGUGGAUGCCAAAAGUGUGGCUAAAUGGGAAGCUGAUUAUGUAAAGAUGGAUGGAUGCAAUAGUCCAGAAAACAUUAUGUCAGAUGGUUAUGGAAAGUUUUCUAAAUUAUUGAAUGCAACCGGUAGACCAAUAGUGUUCUCAUGCAGUUAUCCUGCUUACAUUUCUUGGAUGAAAAAUACUAGUUUAAUUGACUGGAAGAAAUUGCAGAACAAUUGUAAUCUAUGGCGUAUGCUGGGCGACGUUCAAGAUAGUUGGUCAUCGGUUAUCAGUAUUAUAAAUGCAUAUAAACUCCAAAAUGCUGUGUUACCGAAAUUGGCUGGUCCAGGACACUGGAAUGAUCCUGAUAUGCUGUUGAUGGGCAAUUUUGGUCUUUCAGAUGAUCAGAAACGAGUGCAAAUGGGUAUGUGGUGCAUGUUUGCUGCCCCACUACUGAUCUCAGCUGACAUGGACAAGUUGGAUAAUUUCAGUGUAUCUCUAUUAAGUAAUGCACGUUUAUUGGCGAUAGAUCAAGAUAAAGGUGGACAUCAGGCGGAAUUCGUCAAAUCACGAAAUGAUGUACAGAUGUGGUUGAGACCGUUAGAUGGAGAUCCAAUUGGUUGGGCAAUCGCUUGUCUUUUCACGACUGAUGGUGGUGGACCGAUUCACUUUUACACAAGUCUUGAUGAAUUCAAAUCACAAUCGUAUAGGAUAUCUGGUGAUAAGUUUGAAUUGGUGGAUGUGUUCAGUGGGGACAGAUUUCAAGUGGUUCAACGAACACAGAAAUUUAUGAUUUCUAUCAAUCCAAGCGGGAUAAUGAUGUAUCGAGUUAGACGUGUUCAACAGAAGACUGUUGCUGAAGAAAUUGAUGGACUAUUUCAGACAUUGUUAUCGCCUUAA